GGACUCCUCCAGCUUCAGGCUGGUCGGCAAUUUGCAAAAGUACGUCGAAGGUGAGCAGGCGGCCGCCGGUUGGCCCGCUUGGCUUAGCUCCGUCGCCGCUGAGGCCAUUCAGGGUUGGGUUCCCCUCCGUGCUGAUGCAUUUGAGAAGCUUGAGAAGAUUGGGCAGGGUACAUAUAGUAGUGUUUUCAGAGCAAAGGAGCUUGAGACUGGGAAGAUAGUGGCUCUGAAGAAGGUCAGGUUUGACAAUUUCGAGCCAGAGAGCGUCCGGUUUAUGGCGCGGGAGAUAAUGAUUCUAAGAAGGCUUGAUCAUCCCAACAUCAUCAAAUUGGAGGGCUUGAUUACUUCCAGGUUGUCUUGUAGCAUCUACCUUGUGUUUGAGUACAUGCAACAUGACAUCACAGGGCUAUUGUCUAGACCAGAAAUCAAGUUUAGUGAAUCACAGAUUAAAUGCUACAUGAAACAGUUGUUAUCUGGUCUUGAGCAUUGUCACUCGAAGGGUGUGAUGCACCGAGACAUCAAGGGAUCGAAUCUUUUGGUGAAUGAUGAAGGCAUAUUGAAGGUGGCAGAUUUUGGAUUGGCAAACUGGUGCAAUUCAGGAAACAAGCAGCCCCUCACAAGUCGUGUUGUCACCUUGUGGUACCGUCCGCCAGAACUCUUGCUCGGCUCGACAGAUUAUAGCCCAUCUGUGGAUCUCUGGAGUGUUGGCUGUGUAUUUGCAGAGCUACUUAUUGGAAAGCCUAUACUUCAGGGAAGAACUGAGGUUGAACAAUUGCAUAAAAUCUUCAAGCUCUGCGGCUCUCCACCUGAUGACUACUGGAAAAAGACCAAACUUCCUCAUGCAACUUUGUUCAAGCCACAACAACCAUACGAUAGUAGCCUCUGGGAGACGUUUAAAGAUUUGCCUGCGACCAGCAUAAAUGUGCUACAAACGCUUCUUUCUGUCCAACCGAGCAAACGUGGGACUGCCACAUCUGCUCUCUCAUCAGAGUACUUCAAAACAAAACCAUAUGCAUGUGAUCCAUCAAGCAUGCCAAUAUACCCACCUAGCAAGGAGAUUGACGCAAAGCACCAGGAGGAGUCAAAAAGGAAAAAGAUUAGCGGCCGAGCUUGUAGAGCAGAAUCACGAAAACCAUCAAGAAAGCCACUAGCACUCAGUAAAUUAGCCCCAGCUGAGGAUUUGACAAGUCAAAUUCAAACUUCCCAAAGACAAAAAGUUGAUGAUAGCUCUUGCCAAGUCCUUAAAGAAGAGAACAUUGACAUAGAUGAGGAGGCACCAAAGCUAUCUAGUGAUAAACCACAAGAACAAGAUGGUUCCCAUAUGAAGGAUGAAACAAAAGUAGAUAUUCCCUUUCCAGGACCAUUGCAAGUUUCAAAAUCAAGUGGCUUUGCAUGGGCGAAAAGGCGUAAAGAUGACACCUCAAUUAGAGCACAUUCUCGAUCAAUUUCAAGAGGGCACUUGUAUAAUUCCUUAGAAACUUCGACAGUAACUUCAAGGAAUAAUUCUGAAUCCAGAAACUAUGAAAACAAGGAAUUCUGUGGAGGACGCUCCAACUCUAGGGGCCGUGAUCUACUUGAAAUUUCUAAGCUUGUAAUGCAGAACCAGUGGAAUAAGUUUGAUCGUCCCGACUCAUUUGAUACUUCUGAUGAGUACCAUUCACAAGAACUAUCUAUGACACUUUAUCACAGAGAAGACUCAUUAUCCAAGAGAAGUAACCUGAGUUCACAGGACCAAGGAGACACAGUUGAUUUUUCAGGACCCUUAAUAUCUCAAAUGCACACCGUCGAUGAGAUCUUAGAAAGACAUGAGCGACACAUACGGCGUACUGUCCGGCGAUCGUGGUUUCAGAAAGAUAAGAAGAAUGGGAAGUAAAGAAACUGCAUCGAUAUUCAUGCAUGAAGAAUAUAAAACCCUCGAGCGCUACAAAAAUGAUAGAAGUUCUUCCAAGAGGGCCAUCUCCUUUCUCUAAAGCACAAUGCUGUGAGCUACAAGAUUCAGCAGCAUGAGUUUUUGCCUAUAAACCGCGAAACUCAACAAUAUGAAGAAUGUAGCCCUUUCAGCUUUGUAUGUGCAGAAAUCAGAAAGCCAGUGAAAAAAAGAAUGAGAGAAGAAGUUUUUGAUCACACGAAUCAUCUAUUUUUGGCCAUAAUAUAUUAAAUUUAUUUAUGUAUGAUCUGAAUUUCAUCCCUUCCACUAGUUACUUACUAAUCCUUGUCUAUUUGUAAGUAUAGUCAUUUUUUCACUGUGUUUUAGGCUUCAAAGGAAUCAGAUAUAGUUUUUCAGAAAAGGGAAAAAUGCAUUCCUACUAA